GUGUAGGGUGGAUGUGCAUGUGCUCACGGCCGUCGUCUACUAAAUUAAAAGUAUCUUCAAAUAUUGUCUUUUCCGUUAUGCUAUCGCUAUCCUGGUCAUUAGAUUAAUACGUAAUAUUUUUAUCUAGUAAUUUAUGAGAAGCUUUUAGUAUAGUAAUCAAAAGAAAUGGAAUAUUUUCACCACUUAUGGCUCUUAAUAUCGAAUUUUGCCCUUGUGGCCAGCUCCAGAGAACAUCUCGAGUUUUAUCUGGCCGAAUAUCCGGUUGCCUUCCCCCUGGCUGUGAUUGCUCUGGUGGCGCUCGUGGUGCUCUACGUCUGCAGGCUGCGAGUUUCUUCUCCAGAAGAAAUUACUGCAGAAAUUAAAAGAGAAAUAAGAAGUAAAGUUGAUGACGUCAAAGACUUCGUUGGCGUGGGCACACGUCCACGCUUCAGGAAGCGGGACAAGAUAUACUUCUACGGUCGCAAGAUGUUACGCAAGGUUAAGGCCAACAUCCCCGGUAAUGACGGGGGGCGCGCCCGGCGUCUGGCGAAGCGUCUGCUGCUGGGGCGCGGGGAGCGCGGGGACCCCCAGCAGCUGCGGGUGGUGGACCCGCCCCCAGAGUACCUGAUGGAGGACCUGCGCCUCACCCACGCUCACCUGCCCCAUGAGUUUGUCCAUAUGCUCAGGAACAUCAGGCGAGUGAUGGGGGAACAUGAGGGUCACAAGCAGCCCUACAAGACCGUGACGGCGUACGCGCUCGAGGACUCCCUUGUCAUGAAGUUCCCUAUGGAGGCCGUGCAGGCCAUCUUCACGCAGCGGCCUGCGAUGUUCGUGCGUGCCGUGCAGAUCGUGAUGGCACGUCUCAUGCGUGUCACGUUCACGGCUAUGCACCACUACCUCGGCCUGUCCUCUGAGCUCAUAAGCAGGGUACCGCGGCGCGUAAGUAACACCUCCCUCAGCUCCCCCAGCAAGGCCAAGGCUGAGCCCUUCCCCAUCACCACGUCCGCCCCCAGCACAGAAGUGAAGUUGUCCACCCUGGACACGGUGGACGCAGUGGACGCCGUGUCCUCCGCCCCGGGCGCCGUAUCCUCCGCCCCGGGCGCGGUGUCCUCCACCCAGGGCGCGGUGUCCUCCGCCCAGGGCGCGGUGUCCUCCGCCCAGAGCGCGGUGUCCUCCGCCCAGGGCGCGGUGUCCUCCGCCCAGGGCGCCGUGUCCUCCAAGACCACCUCAGGACGACGCAUUGUCCUCGUAGACCCGCGGGACGAAGACGACCACGAGCUCCUCGAGAUCGCCACCAAGAAACUGCAGGCGCUGCUGCAGCUGCCCUCUGACGAGCUCCUGCGGGGGGGCGUCGAGGUGCGCAGCGUCGUCCCCGACGAGCUCAUCAUGCGUCAAGACUCCGUCCUGGACGUGGCGCUGGUGUACGUACUGACGGGGUCGCUGAUGGUGAGCCAGCACCCCCCUGAGGACGUGGCCGCUGCAGAGGGCGGCGCCCCCCAGCCCUCCUCCAGGCACCCCUCCAGCAGGCAUGAAGGCAUGAAGCGGGACGGUAACGGCAGCAGCAGCACGAGCAGCAACACGAGCACCCCCAGACACCUCCCCAAGAGGCCCUAUAAUGUCCCCAAGCUUGCUGCCUCCCCCCGAGGCGGGGAGGACAGAGAGGUUCACAUGUUCACUGGUCACCGUGACACCUUCUACACGAUCCUACAUCGUCACCCGCGCGUGGCGCUGCACGUCGCGUCCACGGUCAUCAUGCGCAUGUCGCCCUUCGUCAGGCAGAUAGACUUCGCCCUCGACUGGGAGCACCUCGAGGCNCACUAGACAACACUAGACAUCACUAGACAUCACACACACCACGGGCAGGAAGGAGGUCGUCUCGGAGUACGGCAAGGGCGAGCUCGUGGGGAUAACAUCACACACACCACGGGCAGGAAGGAGGUCGUCUCGGAGUACGGCAAGGGCGAGCUCGUGGGGAUAACACUAGACAUCACCCACAACACGGGCAGGAAGGAGGUCGUCUCGGAGUACGGCAAGGGCGAGCUCGUCGGGAUAGUAGAGCUGCUCACAGACACUGACCGUAGCACGACCGUGAUGGCCGCUCCUUGGCAACCGUAUCAUCGGCUCCUUGGCAACCGUAUCAUCGGUGAGACUCGUUAUCUAUCAUUAUCUCGUCUCAUCAGGCUCCUUGGCAACCGUAUCAUCGGGAGCUGGCGGUCUACAGUGAGCAGGGAGCCCCUAGGAGUGUCGCGCCUGCAGGCCUCCUGCAGCAGCUCCUUCUCCACCGUCGCCAUCCUGCCCAUCUCUGAGGACGUCCCCACCACCCAGUUCACCCUGGAGCUCUUCCACUGUCUCCAUGCUAUAGGAGCGACAGCGCGGCUGACGUCUGACUACGUCGUCAGGAGCCUGGGCACCAGCAUCUGGGAGGCUGGCAACGAACACCAGCUCAUCUCCUGGCUGGGACAGGUUGAGGACCAGCACAGCACGACGCUGUAUCAGUGCGACGCGGGCCUGACGGUGUGGACGCAGCGCUGCAUACGUCAGGCCGACGUCAUCCUCACCGUGGGGCUGGCCUGUAACAGCCCCAACAUGGGCAAGCUGGAGCUGCACGUGGAGCAGGUGGCACGUCGCACACAGAAGGUGCUGGUGCUCCUACACCGUCAGGAUGGUGCGCCUCCUACAGGAACUGUACGCUGGCUCAACGCGCGCUCCUACUGCCAUGCGCACUACCACAUCGCUGCGCCCCACAGGAUGUUCCAUGCCCGCAACUCACACUCUAAAAUUCUUGAGUACUACAACAGCAAGGUACUAAGUACCCCCGUGAGCGUACACAGCGACUUCUCCCGCCUGGCGCGGGCCAUCACGGGGACCAGCGUGGGGCUCGUGCUGGGGGGCGGGGGCGCCCGUGGGGCCGCCCACAUCGGCAUGAUGAAGGCCCUCACCGAGGCCGGGGUGCCUAUAGACAUGGUGGCGGGGGUGAGCAUCGGGGCCUUGUUCGGGGCACUGUACUGCCUAGAGAAGGACCUGGCCCGCGUCACGCAGAAGGCCCGUGCCUGGAGUAUGAAAAUGACGAGCAAGUGGCGUCUGGCGCUGGAGCUGACGUACCCUAUAGUGUCGAUGUUCUCGGGUCUGGGCUUCAACCAACUUAUCAGGGAGGUGCUGGGCGACACCAACAUAGAGGACCUCUGGCUGCCUUACUUCACCCUCACCACAGACAUCACAGACAGCGCCGCCCGCAUCCACACUCAUGGCAGCACCUGGCGCUACGUACGAGCGUCCAUGUCACUGUCGGGCUACAUGCCGCCCCUCUGUGAUCCUGUCGACGGACAUCUCCUGCUUGACGGGGGCUACGUCAACAACUUGCCAGGUAUGUGGGAUCUACUGCACCGGCCUCUCUACUCCGAAGGAUUUCUUCAUUUGCUGAUUGUUGUGGCAUAUACAGGGUUAUACGAGUCUAACUUCACCAACUACGGAGACUGGUUGUCUGGCUUUGACCUCCUGCUUAGGAAGACGUUUCCCUUCAAGUACUUCUACAGGAGCGAGCUGAGGGUGCCAAACCUGUACGACAUCCAGUCGCGGUUGUCGUACGUAUCUUGCAUCCGUCAGCUGGAGGAGCUCAAAAGCAGCGACUACUGCGAGUACAUCAGGCCUCCUAUAGACAAGAUCCAGACGCUGCAGUUCAACCUCUUCGACGAAAUUAAGGAGAUCGGGUACCAGCACGGCGCCUCGUAUUUCCGCGGCAUGAGCGCGAGUGGCCGCAGCGUCGAGGAGAUCUACAGACUCCGCCGCCGCAGCGACAGCCUGUCUGCUGCUGCCUGCCUCAGCCCCCCUGCUGGGGGCUAUACAGACCUCGCCCACCUCGUUAACUGCCACGACGCUCCCAACACAACCACCGUAUAUGACACGUCCACGGAGGAUGACGACGACGCGCUACACUCCGGCUACACGUCAGAGCCCAACACCAACACACGCUACUAUCGCCAGGCUGACCGUGAGCUGCUAACGGCACGUCACCAUCGCACGGGCUCACUGUCAGACAAUGAGAUGAUGCACUACGUCAACAGUCAUGGUGAUGGUGAUGACAGUCAUGACGAUGGUGAUGACAGUCAUGACGAUGGUGAUGAUGAGGAGGAGGAACCUUCGUCCAGUAAAGACCUCGUCAGGCUGGACAAGACCGGCGACAUGGGCGACCAGCAGAAGGAUGGCGACAGAUGAUUCUCGUUACAUGUCCUAGAGAACCUAGUGAAGGAUAUCCUGUAGGAUUUAUAAAGGAUAUUGAGUGAAAUGAUAUCUCGUAGGAUUUAUAAAGGAUAUUGAGUGGAAGGAUAUCUCGUAGGAUUUAUAAAGGAUAUUGAGAGGGAGGGAUAUCUCGUAGGAUUCUAUAUAAGAUAUUGAAUGGAAAUAUUUUGUGUAGGAUUUCAUAAAGGAUAUUGAGUAAAAGGAUUUUCUGUAGGAUUUUGUAACGGAUAUUGAGUGGAAGGAUAUCUUAAUGAAUUUAGUAGGAUAUUGUGUGGAAGGAUAUCUUGUAGAUAUCCUUUUCUUUCUCGCGCUUUGAAUCGAGCUUUGUGGCAAACCCACUUUCAUUUUUGCUGUUAAUGAAGGAUUUUCUAGUUUUUCACUGAGUAUUGAUGUAAUGAAUGUUUUAAAUGUUCCUAUGGGAUGUAAGUGCCGUGGACCAAACCUAAUGCCUUACAACACUGUUGAAAAAUGACCGUUAACGGUAUUACCGGCGUUUCAGUGGCCGGUCGGCA